CGCAGCAGCCGCCGCCACGGCCGUCGCCGCGGUGCGCUCUCCAGCCCGGCCGGGCCGAGCCAGCGCUGCGCGCCGAGGGACCUGGAGUGAUGAUGUUUCCUGAAACCGCCACCUGGGCAAUGAGUAUGAGCCUCGGGGCACUGCUGGAAGUAUAACUCUACGCAUAAAAGAAGACCUGGACCAGCCAUGCUGUUUAUAUGGACAGUUCCACAGUAAUGAAUCAGUGUGUCUUCAGAGGGAUGGAAGAAAACAAGGAAAGGCCCAGGAGGCAGCGGCAAAACAACUUCCCCAUGUUCUCCUCCCCUAAAGCCUGGAAUUUCAGAGGGCGAAAACGCAAGCAGAGCACCCAAGAUGAGGAUGCUGUUAGCCUUUGUAGUCUCGACAUAAGUGAGCCUAGUAAUAAACGUGUCAAACCCCUUUCCAGAGUCACGUCACUAGCAAACCUCAUCCCACCCGUGAAGGCCACACCGUUAAAGCGCUUCAGCCAAACCCUGCAGCGUUCCAUCAGCUUCCGCAGCGAGAGCCGUCCUGACAUCCUCGCCCCCCGACCCUGGUCCAGAAAUGCUGCCCCCUCAAGCACGAAGCGGAGAGACAGCAAGCUGUGGAGUGAGACCUUCGAUGUGUGCGUCAAUCAGAUGCUUCCGUCCAAGGAAAUCAAACGUCAGGAGGCAAUCUUUGAGCUUUCCCAAGGGGAAGAAGACUUGAUAGAGGACUUGAAAUUGGCAAAAAAGGCCUAUCAUGACCCCAUGCUGAAACUCUCCAUAAUGACAGAACAAGAGUUGAAUCAAAUUUUUGGAACACUGGACUCUCUCAUUCCUCUACACGAAGAGCUCCUUAGUCAACUUCGAGAUGCUCGGAAGCCUGAUGGCUCCACCGAACAUGUCGGUCACAUCCUCGUGGGCUGGCUGCCUUGUCUCAGCUCCUAUGACAGCUACUGCAGCAAUCAAGUCGCCGCCAAAGCUCUGCUGGACCACAAAAAACAAGACCACCGAGUCCAGGAUUUCCUACAGCGAUGUUUAGAAUCCCCCUUUAGCCGCAAGCUAGAUCUCUGGAAUUUUCUUGAUAUUCCAAGGAGCCGUCUAGUGAAAUACCCUCUGCUUCUUCGAGAAAUCUUGAGGCACACACCAAAUGAUAAUCCAGAUCAGCAACACCUGGAAGAAGCUAUAAACAUCAUUCAGGGAAUCGUGGCAGAAAUCAACACCAAGACUGGGGAAUCUGAGUGCCGCUAUUACAAAGAGCGGCUUCUUUACUUGGAAGAAGGCCAGAAAGACUCUCUAAUCGACAACUCGAGAGUGUUGUGCUGUCAUGGAGAACUGAAGAACAAUCGAGGGGUGAAACUGCAUGUUUUCCUGUUCCAAGAAGUGCUUGUGAUCACUCGAGCUGUCACCCACAAUGAGCAGCUCUGCUAUCAGUUGUACCGGCAGCCGAUCCCUGUAAAGGACCUUCUGCUGGAAGACCUGCAGGAUGGAGAAGUGAGGCUGGGCGGCUCCCUGCGCGGGGCAUUUAGCAACAAUGAGAGAAUUAAAAACUUCUUCAGAGUAAGUUUCAAAAACGGUUCCCAAAGUCAGACCCACUCACUACAAGCCAACGACACCUUCAACAAACAGCAGUGGCUCAACUGCAUUCGUCAAGCCAAAGAAACGGUUCUAUGUGCUGCUGGGCAGGCCGGGGUUCUGGACUCCGAGGGACCAUUCCUAAAUCCUGCCACUGGGAGCCGGGAGCCACAGGGAGAAACAAAACUUGAGCAGAUGGACCAAUCGGACAGUGAGUCAGACUGUAGUAUGGACACGAGUGAGGUCAGCCUCGACUGUGAGCGCAUGGAACAGACAGACUCUUCCUGUGGGAACAGCAGGUACAUCGAAAGCAACGUCUGACAGAGCCGCGCAUCUUACUGUACAGUGUUUGCAUUCCACACACGGGACGGUUUGGAGAAGCACUUUUUAAUACUUUUGUGACCGUGUGGACCCCGUCUCUUGUAUCUUGUAUCUUUAUCCCUAGUACUGUAACUGCCAAUCUGUCCGUGUAAGCUGGGGUCUGUGGCAACUCUUACCCUGUAUUGCAUUUCACAAGUGUCUGGAGGGAUGGAGAGGUACUUGAACAAGUUACUUUCACUUGUCCUGCUGGAUUUUAAAAAAUAGAAAAGAAUCUCUAAACUACUGUUUCAUGUAGAUUGCUUAAAGAGAAUCCUCCCUUGUUUCUCUAAUGCUUUUCUAGCUCUUUGACAUGAUAGCUGAAGGCAUGGAAUUUACAGGGCCUGGCAAACUGGGCAUGAGGAAGUCACUCGUGUAUUGUGAUGGUAUGUGCAGGAAAACGGGAAAAGAUCAGUCCUUGCAGUGAACUUGGUUCAAUGUUGUCCAACCAGAAAGCAUGAAAACAUCCCUGGGGAUGCUGGACACUUAAUUGUGCAAAGGAAGAAGCACUGUGUUGACCUUGCAGUGUCAUCAAGUGCAAAUUUGAUGCAAUAAUCUAUUAGGACGUGGAACAGUGUCUGACCUUGAAAGGACCAGCAUGAAAGCAGCCGCCAGCUCUGAAUCUUGACCUGAAAUGCAUUUGCACCGGGGCGGUGGGGGGUACCUGUCACAGUUGCUGGCUUGCCUUAGAGAGCCAUUUCUAGCCUAAGACACCAGAAUAGAACUCAAAAGUCCUGGGAAUACUCAGCAGGCUAAUAAGAAGGCCCAUCAUCAUUUUGUUUCAUGUGCCAAGGCCUGCUCAUAUUUUGGAGCAUUGAGGAAGAGGCCACAGGUGAGUCAGUGACUCUGUUUACAGAAACAUGUGAGAGGAAGAGUUUGGAAGAAGUGCUUCAUCAUGACCUUAGGCGGGAAACAUUAAGAGAAAAACAAGGUCCCGUGCCCUUCUGGGAAAGGCCAGAGCCUUGGGUUUUCCUGCUCUGCUUUUGGGUCAUCACUUUGCCGUCUCUGGCUCUGUGCUAUGAUCAGAGUCAUAAUUACAUUCUCCAUAGGCCAAUUUUAAUUAACUCUAUGAUUAAUUAGGGUCAGUUAGCCAAACUAGUAACCUCUUUGUCUAACCUUGAUUUACAAUGCAGAGUGGACUG